AUGCAAGUAAAGUUAUCCUUUUUCGACGAUGCCAAAUUCUCAAAUUCUUUUUGGGAGAAAACAAACAUUUAGAUUGAGGAGUAAAAAAUUGACUUUCAAUCUGUCCUGUUCGAAAAAAGUAAUAAAACUGGUUUUUGGACAAGCAAAAACUAUAUCAUUUAAGAUGGCAAAUUAGUAAAGUUGAGGCCAAAUAAGAAAAAUAUUCACCAUGUUGAUCUGGGUGUAUCAAGAAUAGAGAGGAUCAAGUAUAAAAAUGAAUAGGAGUCCGAUGCUUGUAAUAAAAAGAAGUAUGGUUUUCGAAUAAUUCGUAAUUAGAAAUUCAAAGAACUGUAUUCAAGAUCUAAAGAACUAAAUUAAUAAAUUUGGGAUUUUCUCAAAAAGCAGUGUCUCCAACUUACAUUCAAAGAAGAGUAUGUUAUUGAGAGGAUGAUAGGUAAAGGAAAUUUUGCAAAAGUGUAUCUUUGUACUAAAAAGUCUGAUAAACUGUAAUAUGCAGUUAAGGCAUUUGAAAAAAGUAAGAUGCUCAACUCAGAAACUGAUAAAUAAGCUUUAAUUAAAGAAAUGUCAAUCAUGAGGAAGUUGAAUUACAAAGGCUUAAUAAAAAUGCAUGAAGUCUUUGAAGAUGAUACCCAUAUCUUUCUAGUUCAAGACUAUUUAUAAGGAGGUGAAUUGUAUUAAUAGAUAAAGAAGAAUUAAAAGUAGUCUGAACCCACAGUUGCUACUGUUCUGGCUACUUUAUUGGAUUCUUUAGAUUAUUUACACAAAAAGAACAUACUUCAUAGAGAUCUCAAACCAGAAAAUAUGAUAUUGCGUAAAAAAGGAGUCUUGGAAGACGUAGUAAUAGCAGAUUUUGGAUUGGCUGACUUUUAUGAUCCAUUAGGUAAUUAUAUGUUUCAGAGAUGCGGAACUCCUGGAUUCGUGGCUCCAGAAGUACUUUAAGAUAAGAUCUAUGACUCGAAAGUUGAUAUUUUUAGUGUUGGUUGUCUGAUGUUUCUUCUGAUUGCCGGUAAAUCACCGUUUAAGGGUUCCACUUAUGAUGAAGUUGUUAUGAGAAAUUAUCAUUGUAAGAUUGAUUAUCCUUCCAUUGACACUAUUAUUAGUAGUGCAGGAUUAUCACUAUUGAAAUUAUUGUUACAUCCUCGACCAUCAUAAAGACCCUAACCUAGAGAUGCCUUAAGACACGAGUGGUUUAUGAUCAACCUAGAUAAAACAAGAUAUUCAGAGUUAAACAAAUCAUCAGAAGAAUAUAUUUAAGAUACUAAAGAUACUAUUAAAUCAAGUAAUACUGAUGCAGGUAGUUGUGGAUUCAUGAAAAAUUUUAUCGGUCCUUCCAAUUUCGACAAACCUGAAUUUAUGACUCCAUAAUAAAAUUGCAUUGGAAAUAAAAAAAAAGAAAAUCUUCUUUUCACUCCCCAAAUUUCUGUUAUGCAAUAAAUUUAAGAAUAAUUUAACGAUAGUGAAGAACAAAUGUCUAUUAAAAAUUUAGAUGAUGACUUUACGGAUAUGAUAUUCGAUGAUGAAUCGCCACAAUCUCAUAGACUACCUUAAUAUCAAUUGGUAGGUAAGCUUAAAUAAGCUGUUGAUUCAAAUAAUUCUUCUUAUUAUGCAUCACCUAUCAUUAAAAAAACUCCAGAGAAUCUUUCAAAGGAUAUUAAUCCUAGAGUUAUGACAAUCAAAGAAAAAAUAUAUGAAUAAUAAACCUAGCCAAAGAUAGCCAGCAAAAUAAAGAACAAUUUGAAAAAUCUUGAGCAAUUAUGA